AUGCGGUCCAUCAAGGCGGCUUCGCUGACGCCUCUGCUGGCCGGCUUGCUCGCCACGCUCUCCUCCACCGCCGCGCUGCCCUCGUCCGUCUGGGAGCACCAGCUCGAGACCAACAUCCUCCAGGCGCGCGCCGACUCCAACACCUCCACCAUCGCGCCCUCGUUCGACGUCUCCAAGUGUCCCGGCUACCAGAUCGUGGGCGAGCCCAACCAGUCGCAGCACGGCUUCACCGCCCAGCUCGCACUGGCUGGCGAGGCGUGCAAUGCGUACGGCGUCGACAUUGCCAACCUCACGCUCUCGGUCGUGUAUGAGAAGAAGCACCAGCUCCACGUGCACGUCUACGACUCGGACAAGCAGCAGUACCAGCUGCCCAACGGCCUCAUCUUUGACCGUCCCAGCGACAGCCCCGACGAGGUCCAGGACGCUUCCACGGCCGACGACAGCGAUCUCGUCUUCCACCACACCGCCGAGAAUGGCACCCAGGCUGAGGGCUCCGCAUGGGCCUUUUGGAUCGCACGCAAGGACUCGGGCGACGUCAUCUUUGACACGCGUCCCGCCAACAUCCCCACCUACGACUCGGGCAUCAACAACGUCUCUGCCGACACCAAGCGCAACUCGACGGCCAUGCCCAAGCACGAGAUGGUGUUUGAGAACCAGUACCUCCAGCUCUCCUCGGCACUGCCCGAAGGCGCCAACAUUUAUGGACUCGGCGAGUAUGUGACCGGCAGCUUCAGGCGAGACCCGGACGAGACGCUCCAGCCCUUCUUUACCCUCGAUGCCGGCACGCCCGUCGACUCGAACAUGUACGGCUACCACCCCAUCUACACCGAGGCGCGUCGCGGCAGCGACGGCAAGCUGCGCACGCACUCGGUGUACCUCCAGAACACGGCGGGCAUGGACGUGCUCCUUCGCAAGGGCGUCAUCCAGUACCGCACCAUUGGCGGCACGCUCGACUUCCGCUUCUUCUCGGGCGACUCCACCGAGGGCAACAACAGCCCGAAUACCGCCAUCCAGCAGUACGUCAACUUUAUCGGCAACCCGGUCAUGCAUCCGUACUGGUCGUACGGCUUCCACCUGUGCCGAUGGGGAUACAACAACGUCUCGGACACGCAGAAGAUCGUCGACGCGAUGCGCGAGGCCGACAUCCCGCUCGAGGUGCAGUGGAAUGACAUCGACUACAUGCAGAACUUCAGGGACUUUACCACUGAUCCCGAGCGCUUCCCCAAGGACGAGUUCGCGGCGAUGAUCAAGGGGCUGCGCGAUAACCACCAGCACUACAUCCCCAUCAUCGACAUGGCCAUCCCCAAGGCACCCACCAACGACUCGGACACCUUCUACCCGGGCACGCGCGGCGACGAGCUCGACGUGUUUAUCAAGAACCGCAACGGCACCGAGUACAUCGGCGAGGUCUGGCCGGGCUACACGAGCUUUGUCGACCAGCAGGCGCAGAAUGCGGGCCAGUGGUGGACCGAGGCCGUCCGCAACUUUAGCGAGAUCGUCGACUUUUCGGGCAUCUGGCUCGACAUGAACGAGCCCUCGAGCUUUGUGAUUGGCAACGCGGCGGGUGCGGAGACGAACCUGUCCGACACGCCCGCCUACACGGCCGCCACCAGCGUCGCGGGAUGGCCGCAGGGCUACAACAACCUCACCUGGGGCAACUCGGGCAACAUCACCGUCAACGGCACGUACACCUUCCAGCGGGGAGCCGUGCAGAAUAAUGAUGCGAUGCAGCGUCGUGCCGCCGUCGUUGUGUCGCGCGAGCACGAUGUGCUCAUCAAGCGCGCCGAGGGCGGCGACAAGUUUGGGCCGAACGAUCCGGAUUACCAGUAUGCGAAUGCGUCGCAGAGGUACCUUUCGAAUCCGCCGUAUGCGAUCCACAACGGCAUCCACAUCAGCGAGACGCCGCUCAACGUCAACCUGGACAAGAAGACCGUCGCCAUGGAUGCGGUGGGCGUCGAUGGCCAGCGCGCCUUCUACGACGUACACAACCUCGACGGCACACUCGAGGAACAGCACUUCUACAACGCACUCCGCCAGAUCCGUCCCGACGAACGACCGUUCCUCAUCUCGCGCUCCACCUACCCCGGUGCGGGCAAGUUCACGGGCCACUGGCUCGGCGACAACUACGCGCUCUGGACCAUCCUCCCCGGUGAGGAGGCGUACAAGGCGGGCGCGGGUAUGGCACAGAGCAUCGACGGUGUGCUGCAGUUCCAGAUCUUUGGCAUCCAUCUCAUCGGCGCGGAUAUUUGCGGCUUUAACCGCAACUCGGACGAGGAGCUUUGCAAUCGCUGGAUGAUGUUGGGUGCGUUCCUGCCUUUCAUGCGCAACCACAACACGAUUGGUGCGAUUGCACAGGAGCCGUUUCGAUGGGACUCGGUCGCCAAUGCAUCGCGCAUCGCCAUUGGCAAGAGGUACGAGAUCCUGCCCUCGCUCUACUCGCACAUGGGCAAGGCAUCGGCUUCGGGUGAACCAGCAGUCCGUGCACUCUGGUACGAGUUCCCCGAGGUGUUUGAACAGACCAAGGACUAUGCACACCAAUUCCUGUUUGGCGAUGAUCUUCUCGUCAGUCCCACACUCGAGCCGAACGUGACCGAGAUCAAGGCACUCUUCCCCAACGCCGGUGGAAAGUGGCGCAACAUCUUUACGUACCAAGCGCUCGAUGUCGAGUACAACAAGAACGUCUCCGUUCCCGCACCUCUUUCGACCAUCAAUGUGCAUCUGCGCCCCGGAAGUGCAUUGCUCACCCACUCCAACCCGGCAUACACGGUCUACGAGACCGCCCAGUCGCCCUAUGGUCUUAUCGUUAACCUCGACGACAACGCCACCGCCAACCAGACCUUCUAUCUUGACGACGGCACUUCUCCCGCCCCGACUCCCAACUCGACGCUGUCCGUGCAGGCGAGCGAGGGCAUGGUCAAGGGUAGCAUCGAUGGAGACUUCAAGGUGUCGCAGCCCCUGUCGUACGUCGUGGUGCUGGACGUCAAGAGUAAGCCCAACCAGGUCCAGGUGGGUGGAAGCGAUGCGCAGUUCACCUACAACGACGCCAUUGGCGCGCUCAACAUCACCAUGGCCAGUGCCGACCUGAAUGGCGAGUGGAGCGUCAACUGGUCCUAA